AUGGCGAUCCUAAGAAACUUCCUCGCCUCCCUGCUCGUUGCAGCUCCUUUUGCUGUUGCCGCUCCUGUUGCAGCCCCGACUGAUGUAUCUGGCACCUUGGGCGACUUGGCCGACACCAUCACUGGUGGCCUAGGCGAUGAACUCGACAAGAAGAUGGGAAUCAGCGCAUUCCUUCGACCUAUGCUUUCCAACCCGGACUCUCUUAACAUCAUCCCUAACCGAUACAUCGUUGUUUACAACGACACCUUCGACGAUGAUACGAUUAACGCCAAGGAGUUCAGUAUUGCUUCGGCUAUCAAGAAGCGAAACCUCAACAAGCGAAGCUCAGUCGGCAAGGCUAUGUCUACUACCAUUCAGUCUUUCCGCAUGAACAAGUGGCGUGCCAUGUCGCUUGACGCCGAUGAUAUUACUGUUCAGGACCUCUGGAACUCCGACGAGGUUGCCUACAUCGAGGCUGAUACCCACGUCAAGCUUAACGCUGCCAUUGCUCAAGUCAACGCUCCUCCUGGCCUUGAUCGUCUAUCCCACACCAAGGCCAAUGAGGAUACCUACGUUUUCGACGACUCGGCCGGUGAGGGUAUCACUGCUUACAUCGUUGACACUGGUAUCAAGGUUGACCACAGCGAGUUUGAGGGCCGUGCCACUUUCGGCGGCAACUUCAUUAACGAUGUUGAUGAUGAUGAAAAUGGACACGGUAGCCACGUCGCUGGAACCAUCGGCGGUGCUACCUUCGGUGUUGCUAAGAAGGUUGACCUCGUUGCUGUUAAGGUCCUUGACGCCUCAGGCGGUGGCAGCAACUCUGGUGUCCUUCAAGGCAUGCAGUUCGUUGUUGACGAUGCUAAGAAGAGGGGCAAGACCGGCAAGGCUGUUAUGAACAUGUCUCUUGGUGGCGACUUCUCCGCGGCCAUCAACCGCGCUAUUGAGGCCCUCUUCAAGGCUGGCGUUGUCCCCGUUGUGGCCGCCGGUAACGAGAACCGCGAGACCGCCCUGACUUCUCCUGGCUCUGCCCCUAACGCCAUCACUGUCGGUGCUUUUGAUGCCACCACCGAUGAGCGAGCCGACUUCUCCAACUUCGGCCCUGAGGUCGAUAUUUACGCUCCCGGUGUUGAUGUCCUUAGUGUUGGUAUUAAGUCUAAGACUGAUACUGCUACUCUUAGCGGAACCAGCAUGGCCUCUCCUCACGUUGCUGGUCUCGCCGCCUACCUCAUGGGUUUCCAGAAGCUUGACAGUCCCGCUCAGGUUGUCAGCCUCAUCAAGAGCCUUGCCCAGCAGAGCGGUGCCAAGGUCCGCAACAACGUCCAGGGCACCACCGACCUCAUCGCCAACAACGGCAACCAACAAUAG